GUUCGCAGCUGUGUAGAAAACAUCGUAGAGAUGGUUGACACGGAUGAAGAAAACUUUGCUAUUUCCAGUUCCUCUGCUCCGGAUGCUGCUUUCGAUGCUGUCAUUGGCUGCAUAGAGGACAUCAUCAUGGAUGAGGAGUUUCAGCAGCUUCAGCAGAGUUUCAUGGAGGAGAACUACCUGGAAUUCGACAACUCUGAUGAGAACAAACUCAGCUACACACACAUCUUCAAAGAAUAUGUUGAUCGACUGGAGAAACACUUGGAGCAGCAGCUGACGGAGAGAAUCCCAGAGUUCAACAUGAACACUUUCAUAGAUCUGCUCAUGCAGCACAAAGACGAGGUGGCAGGAGACAUCUUUGACAUGCUGCUGACGUUCACAGAUUUCAUGGCGUUUAAGGAGAUGUUUCUGGAAUACAGAGCUGGGAAGGAGGGCCGAGGUCUGGACCUGAGUCAGGGACUGGUGGUCACACCUCUGAUCUCUUCAGGCUCCAAAUGCAGCAGUUCCACUGAAUCACAGUGACACUGGCACAAGUCACACAAGUCACACUAGUGCCAGUGUCAGUGCACACAAACACUUGAAUUGCCUCUCCCUACAUGUGUUAAUGUACAUUUUCUAUCCAUGAGCCUUCAGAAAAAGUUGUUCGCUUGAGGUCAGUUGUGUUUGUGGCUUUUAUUUUUUUAAUUUUUUGUUGGUGUCAAGCUUCAGGAUUCACUGAAGGUUUUGACUUUGUCCUACUCCCUAUCCAUUUCACUGGACAUAAAGACUGCUUGAAAUAUGCACAUUUACAAGUGAAGGACCAUCCUCUUAUUACCAUAAUUAAAAUUAAGCAUUUAUGAAUUAUGGGAAUAGGAUCCCAAAAUUCUGGUGCGUGUCCCUUGUACCAGUUUUAUGUGACAAAGGUCAACAGCUCUAUCAGUAAGUAAGGAAACCGUUUGAUAGGAUUGAAUUUUUGAAUCUGAUUUCUUGGCCUAAUUUGUUUUUUGUUUUUCAGAAAAAGAAUGUGGUAGAACCAAUGUUUUAUGAAGAUUUAAGUUAUUUAGUCACUCAUUGGACUGAGCUUUGUGCCUGUGAAAGUGAUUUGUAAUGCAUAUAGUGAUUUUGUGUGUGUGUGUGAGUAUUUGUGUGCAUGCAUGUGUGUGCACGUCUGCAUUUAGAAAUAAGAUCUACCUAGUUUUGAGUACAAUGUACAAAGUGUUUUCUACUUGUUUUAACAUGAACUGUGAGAUCUGUAUAUUUAUGUCACUGCUGAAAUAAUGUCAAUGUCACAUUUGUCAGUAAAAGUAUAUUUCCAAAUAAACAGGGGAAAGCCUGAAAUCACCAAGAGAUUUAUUAGAGCAGGUGCAAGGUUGAGUUGCACCAACCACAGAGUUUCACUAGUACCCUCCAUACAAAAAACACAACUCAAGUCGUAACGUACACUGCAACAGGAGUCGAGCGGUGUGUGAUAUAAAUCAGUAAAACAUGUUGCAUACUGUUUCCACAGCUCAGUGAAGCACUAGUGGAAUAAUGUUUGAAUCAUUGAAGGCGUUAUUAAUGUCUUCACAAUGUCAACGUCAGGAAACGUUUGGUCAAUAUAUUCAAUCUACAACCUCACAUACAUUCUUUUCAGUGGAGUUUUGGCCUUCGAUAAGUUUCUGUGUGAGGACAUGUCUAUAGUCUGGAGCUGCAUCAGAGGAAAUGAAAAUAAAUUUCAAUAACUAACCAGGAUUCUCUGCAGCACAGUUCAUUAAUCAGCCUCCACUGUCCUUUCAGUUUAUGAGAACAACAACAUACUCUGUAAACAAAAAGUACAAAACACACUUUCAAUAAUUCUGUUGCUUCGUGUUUCUUCUUGAUGGAUACGAACUCUGCUUUGGAGUGCACACAGGAAAUGUGUAAACUUAAAGUUUGUGGCUCAAGGUCUUGUUAACAGGGUGAUUGGAUCAUUUUCCUCCCUGUUUCAAUUUCAUGGUGCAAACUUUUUUGUGUCUCUGGCCAGUGUCGGAAUGUAACAAAGUACAUUUACUUUGUUAGUGUAUUAGUACAUUUUUCAUGUAUCUGUAUUUUGAGACAUUAUUUUCAGCUACUUUUAACUUUUACCCCACUAACCACAAAUUUUUCUGCUCAAAUACAUUUUUACAAAGCACUGCGUUACUCACACGUUCCUAAAAAUAAUCAAUAAUUACAGGAAAAUCUGUCAACUGAUCCAAUCAUUGUGCA